AUGGGUAGGGAAGCUGGUGGAAGGCAAUGUCUUGGUUUUACGAAAUUAGAUUCUAAAAAUUAUUUGAGAACCAAAAGACAACAAAGUUUAGCAUAUGGAGAAGUAGGCAAUGUGUUGCAAUACUUUAAAGAAAAAUCUUUGCAGAAUCCUUCAUUCUUCUAUGCUGUUCAAUUAGAUAAUGAGAAGCAAAUAACCAAUAUGUUUUGGGCCGAUGCACAAAUGAUCAUGGAUUAUGCCCAAUUUGGUGAUGUUGUCACUUUUGAUACUACUUACAAGUUAAACAAAGAACAUAGACCCUUCGCGUCUUUUGUGGGAUUCAACCAUCAUAGGGAAACAGUUAUAUUUGGUGCAGCCUUGUUGUAUGAUGAGACCGCCGAAUCGUUUGUAUGGUUGUUUCAAAAUUUUCUAGAGGCUAUGUCAGGAAAGGCACCAAAAACGUUGUUCAUUGAUCAAGAUGCUGCAAUGGCUAAAGCCAUACCCAUCGUUAUGCCGGACACAAGUCACCGUUUGUGUACUUGGCAUUUGAUGCAAAAUGCAUUAAAACAUGUUAACUGUUUGUUCCAAGAUAAGGGGGUGAAGGGUGUACUAAAUAAAUUCUUCUUUCACAUUGAAGAUGCAAAUCAAUGGAAGUUGGAGUGGGCGGAAAUGCUUGAUAAAUAUGAUGCGCAUGAAAACCAUUGGUUGAAAUUGACUUUUGCGGUGAAAGAAAAAUGGGGCUGGCCUUACGUUAGAUCAACAUGGGCUGCGGGAAUGAGUACCACGCAACUUUGUGAAUCUUUUAAUGCGUUUUUGAAGGAUUACAUUCGUUCUGAUUUUAACUUAAAUGAAUUCUUCAUGCAUUUCGAAAGGGUACUUUACGAGAAGCGAUAG